CACUCAAGCAUGAGUUCCCCAGUGAAGACAUCACCAUUUAGCGCCUUCGGCAUCAAUUUCUAUAAGAACAAUAAGAAAUUACAAGAGACUGAGGGAAAUGUCGUGGCCUCGCCAAUCAGUGCUCUUACAGUGCUUGCCAUGGCCCUUAAUGGCGCACGAGGUGAAACUGAAGCAGAAUUGCGUCAAGCACUUCAGGUUUCAGCUGUAAGAGAGGAAGUCGAGCGCAUUUUCUUUGAGGCUAUCAAUAGUCUGAAAAAAACUGAGAAUGCAGUUGUGACGAUGGCAAACAAGGCGUUUAUCGCUGAUAGAUUCAACAUCAAACCAAAUUAUGUUGCAUCCCUCAAGAAGUCGUUUUUAACCACUAUUGAAGGCAUUGACUUUUCCGCCUCUGAUGCUACUACAAAAAUUAAUGACUGGGUUGCCGAGGCGACAAAUCAGAAGAUUCAAAAACUUUUUGUGGAUCCUUUGGAUUCUGCAACUAGGCUGGUCCUUGUGAACGCACUUUACUUUAAGGGUGAAUGGAGAAAACAAUUUGACAGGGACGAAACGGAAACCAAACCAUUCAAAUCAACUUCUGGCAAUUUGAAUGUGCAGAUGAUGUCCCUAAGUUCAGCGUUUUAUUAUAAAAAAUUAGAUCAGUAUGAUGCACAACUUGUGGAGAUUCCUUAUAAGGGAAAUGAAUUUAGCAUGGUCAUUAUUUUACCCAACAAAGAAGACGGCUUGACCGAAUUGGAAGGGAAACUCGGGCAACAGAAUUUGACCGAAUUGCUUUUUGAUGCAGAAUGGAGUCGAGUUAAUAUUUCGCUACCCAGAUUCAAAAUUGAGAGUUCACAUGACUUGAAACCACUCAUGCAAAAGAUGGGUGUAAAUUUGAUAUUCUUGAAUGGUUCUGACUUCAGUGGCAUUACUGAUGAGAAUGUCAGUGUCACUUCUAUUGUGCAAAAAGCAUACAUCGACGUCAAUGAAGAAGGUUCUGAAGCAGCGGCAGCAACCGGAAUAUCAAUGGAGUUAACGUCCGCUCCAGGACUUUCUGGUUUCAAUUUCAACUGUGACCAUCCUUUCUUGUACUUUGUUCUUUUCAAAAGAGCUUUCACAAUAUUUGGAGGACGUGUAUCCAAACCAACCAUAACUACAGAUAUUGUCUAGGAAAAGUAAUUCUUAUUUUACUAAUAAUUUUAUUUGAAUUUUAUGAAUGCUACUUUUUAAAUUUUAUCAUAAAAAAACGCAAGAUGUAUUUUAAUCAACAAUUUUUUAUAAAAUGUAUACAGAAAUAAUAUUUAUUUUCAUGACAAAAAUAUUUUUAUUGCAUUCUGAAUAAAAAAA